GGUCAAUCAAAUAGAACCAAGGCUGCCCACCAGAGAGCAGGACCUCCAAAACAUGGUCCCCACCAGUUUGAGUCCUGCUGGCCUGUCUCUGCUUCCAACCCAACUGCUCUCAGGCUUUAGUUUCAUGUCAACAAUCUCUAUUUGCUUUCCAAAAAUAAGCUUCUGCCACCAUGCUGAAGGGAGAAAAACAAGAAGGGCGGUAUUUUUAGGGCCAUUAAUUCUGACCACGUGCCCAGGAGGUGAACCGGAUGACCACUGCACAAAGACUUCUCAUCACUAUGUUCUCCAAAGCCAGCAUUCAUCGGACAUUGUCUGCUUUCAUUCUCCUGUGUUUUUUAGCUGGGAUUGCUUCAACAUAUCCAGUUGUAAGCAGAACUAAUGGCACAUUGCUGGAAAGAGGAUGGCAAUCUCUGUUGUCAAGGUCCAUUGCUGGGAUGUCAGGGGAGAAGUCAGAUGUGAACUGGGAGAGUGACUAUUUGCUAGGAAUCAAGAGGCAGCGGAGGCUUUAUUGCAACGUGGGCAUCGGGUUUCACCUUCAAAUCCUCCCAGACGGAAGGAUAAGCGGAGUUCACAAUGAAAACCAAUACAGUCUCUUUGAAAUAUCCACAGUAGAGAGAGGUGUUGUUAGCCUGUUCGGUGUGAAAAGUGCUCUCUUCAUUGCAAUGAACAACAAGGGGAAGCUAUAUGGAACGGCUGUUUUCCAAGAUGAAUGCAAAUUCAAAGAAACCUUGCUGCCCAAUAACUACAAUGCAUAUGAAUCAAAUGCUUACCACGGUGCUUACAUAGCGCUCAGCAAACAUGGGAGAGUGAAGAGAGGAAAUAAAGUUUCUCCAGCUAUGACAGUGACCCACUUUUUACCAAGAAUAUGAACAUGAAUGAAGCAGAAGACUUAAUCCCAGGAAAAACUCUUUCAUUUUGCACAUGGGAAUAAUCUCCCAGGUAAAGUAUUUAUACUGUUAAUUGAAAAAAAUCUAUAUGUGUAUAUUUGGAUAAAAUUAUUUGUACUAGAUUCAUCAUAUAGCAUAUGUAAUAUUAUGCUGCUUCUCUUCUCCUCUGUACAAAUUUUACAUGGCUGUGUGCCUCCUUUGGUGCUGAACAGAGAAAAAUGCAAGUUGGAGUGCAAAGAGAAAAAAUAUUAGGAAGAUACAGAAUGGCUGUGAUAAUUAUCUAAUCAACCAUUGAUUAUUUACUAGCUAAUAUUAAUUACCUCAGAUACAAACCCUACAUGGUGAGCUGUUUACAUAUCAUGAGCCAAAUCAUCAAAUGACUUUGCUUCACCAGAACUUCAACAGUUUACUCCAUCUGAAUAUCUGCCUGCACCUCCCCUUCUACACACGUACACUUGUGUCCUGUCUUGUGAAGUCCUCAGACUAUUUUGACCAUGAUGGUGCCCAUUCCAUAACUGUUUCCUCACAAGCAAAUUGCCUACCCCUAGAGUCCCUUUUUCUCUGAAGGGAUUCUGCAGGGCCUCCUCAAAUGGGCUUGUUGGCAAAAUUAAAACCUACAAUCAAUUUCCCCCAGGAAGGGCCAUGGGGUAUAUCAGAGAUGGGUCCCAAAUACAAAAUGCAUCAGGAGAUUAGGAUGUUGAAUGCCACCCACGCGGCAUUUUGUGAGCUACUUAAGUUUAGACCUACCUCCAAUAUAGAAGUGUAUAUCUUUAAUAUAAAUAUAUAUAUAGUCAUGGUAUGUGUGUUUGUGUAUCUAAGUAGUUACAUACUUUUAAUACAUCAGUCAUCACAGUCUCUAGAUGCCCAGGUGCUCUGAUAUACAUACACACAUACAAUCAUAAAUAUUUAACAGUAAUGUAUUCAAUUUUAGCUGAACCAUAUUUAUCUCUAAGAACUGAAACCGGUCUGCAGGAUGCAUUAUUUAAUUAUAUAAUAUAAAAUAUAUGGAAUUCAUGAAAGCUUCUAUCAAAGGGUUAUUGUAGAAAAUGUCUUUGUUUUGAAUUCAAUUCUAUUUACUGCUUUAAGUAUAUUUGUUUCUUUUCUAUGAUACCUCACUGAGGUACCAAGUACAGAGGAAGAAGGAAUUUAUGUAAGCACACCUUCCCAGGUUGGUGCAGAGGAAUUUAAACUAUAAUUAGAAUUUCUGUCAAUUGCAAAGCAUCACAUUCAAAGACAUCAUGGCAAGCUAUAGUGAAAUAUUCUCCAGAUGUCUCCUACAAGCCAUACGAAUGGUGCAUAACCUUGCCUUACUAUUUUGACAACCUUUUUCCAUACCACGAUUCUCUGUGCCUAUGAAAGAGUAUUUUAAGAUGUCCAAAGUCAAUAGUCACUAUAAAUGUCAGUUACCAGAAGCCUUGGGAUUCCUGCAUUGAUGGCGUGCUCCUAAAUUUGAAACUAGAUUCAAUGCAAUGUCAGAGCAUAAGCAUUUUCAGCAUAGAUGGACCGUGCUGCUGCAGAAGUGAACAUCUGAGUGCAAGAUAAUCUCCCAUGUGCAGCCAAAAUGUGACUAUGUCCAGCCUUGACAUGCCAUUCUAUUUGCAGGGGGUGUCUAUUCAUAAUGAAUUUGAGCCUUCUGACAUGUAAGAAAAACAGUGUUCAGGGCCAGAUCCUCAGAUGGAGUAAAGCAGCCAAACUGGACUAUCAGUUUAUAGCUGCAGAAGAUUUGGCCCAAAGAGUGUGCCUACAAGGGUGCAUCUGCAGCCAUACUUUCUGACUUGUCAAGACAAUUUUUUUGUGGACAUAAUACAGUUUUCCACUACUUUUGUGUAAUCUAUACUUGAAUUUAAUUUUCUUAAAUGUAAGUGGUGAUCACAGUGUAAAGAAAGAGUAAAAAGAAUGGAACACUGCUUACAUUACACUAAGGGGACAUUUUGGAUAUGGCAAAAGAUAGGAGUUACUCUUUAUUUUCGGGUCUUGCAGUAUGUAGAAAGAAGUCAAGUUGGCACUCAUUGUUCAUCCACAAUGUGUGCAGCAGUAUACUUUGGGGGAAAAAAAAUGCAUUUUAAGAGAAAAAGUAGAAUGUUUUGAGUGGGGAGAUUGCCUCAAAGUAAUGUUUGGUUGAUAUCAGACAGUUACACUGACAUAGAGUCCCUAAUGGUGUUGAUAGGCAGACCACAGCUGUGUUGAAAUACAUUAGCUGACAAUCUGUAUUCUUGUGUUAUAUUCCUAAUUGUCUUUUGAAAUGAAAUUUGAACAAGGGUGGAAGAGUGCAUGGACAUAGAAGAAAUCAUAGUUUGAAUGCUGACACGUUUGUUUCUGAUUACAGCUUACACCAGUGUCAUUAGGUUAGGAUGAAUUCUGUUCCCUCUUAAACCAACAUAGUUUGAAUUAAUUUGUUGGUGGUGGUACUGAUAAGUAAUGGGAUAGCUGGCAUAAGAAGAUGAGAAUCAGAAUCACUGACUCCGUUUUACACAUACUGGUCAACAACAAGAAAACCAUAGACCAGGUCACAAGAAGUCUGUUUAGAUGCAGCAAGCUGAGCUGAACUUGUUCUUAAGAACUGCAGACCCCCGUGGAUGCAGUUUUGGUCAGCAUUUGGAAAUUCCCACUAUUCACUCUGCUGAGUUACUCUUUACACCACUGCUUUGCCCAUAUUACAUAUCAAUGCCAGACAGAUCAACACGGAAGUCAACACUGAAACCACAAAUGGUUCUGCAGUGUCUGGAGCCAUGAUUAAUACUAGAAUGAACAAUGACAUUGUCAGAUGUGGUAACUGGCAGGAAGCCCCUCCAGCACAACUAGUGUGGUACUGCAGCAUUGUGCAGUUAGUUUUAGGCUAGUUGGAUGUGACUUUGAUAGAGGUUCUUCUUCAGUGAAUGCUUGGCUACGUUCACUAGAGGAGUUAAGGUGCGUGCUGACACACUGUUGUGCAUGUGCAAGCAGUCUAGGGGCAGCCCACAAUAGCAGAAUUCACUGUGGUAGAAUUCAAGAAGUUGCACAGCCUCAAAAAUAGCUGGACCCUGUUCUUCCUCUUGCUCAAUUAGCUAAAUUCUGCCUUCUUCCUCUGUUGUUAUUUUCAUGUAAGAAGGAGGGCUUAGAAAAACCACCACUCACUUUAGAUGCUUCAGGAUAAGUUUAUUGAGCUGGUACAGAAGAAAAAAAAUCAUAAGCUGAAUUUGCAUCAUAUGGAAGUUAUAGAGAGAAUAUGGGCAUGAUCUGGCAAACUCUCAAGCAAGGCCAUCUUGAAAAGAACAGUUUAAUGGAUAUGUGACUACAUAAAGACAAACUCAUGAAAGUAAAUUUCCCAAGUCAGAGCUAAGAAACCAAUUUUUGACAGUUUUUUUUUUUUUUGGUGGUCCCUUUCAAAGCAUAUGUCAUCUUAGUGUGCAUUAGCACAAAGCCUUGAAAUGAUCUGCAAACUUUGAAAGUAUUGCUGUGAAUUCACCACAUGGGCCUUUGUGGCUUAGAUUUUGCACGAUAUUCUCCCAAGGACUUGAAACCUACUUUCAAAGUUUCUUCUUCCAUAGGCAAAGCCCAUGAAAAUUUAAGACCUAAUCCACCUCUGUUAGAAAAUAGCCUUUACUGCCAUUGCAUCAUGCCCUUAAAUAAUCAUUUUUUUUCCCUAAACAGGCAAAGAGAUGGACAUUCAUACACAGUGGAAAAGCAGAGUAAUUUAUAUAUACCUCACUAGCUAUUGCAAUUCCAAAAUUUUAUUUGCACAGUAAAAUGGUGCCAAAGUUCUCACAUUAUUUUUUGUCACAAAAAUAUACCUCAUAUUCUGACUCAAUAUAGACUCAUAAUUGAUACUGUAAAUUUGCAAGAAACACAAAACUUUUCCGAUCAAUUGUUUGUGAAAUUGCUUCUAUUUUUAUAUGUAUGUGCUGCGCACAAUAGUUUAAUGUAUUCAUAAAAUAAAGUUUUAUACAUUUUUUGAA